AUGUCUAGAAAACAAAAGAAAGUCAAAGUUGAGGAAAACAUCUCUCUUGGACCACAAGUCCGAGAAGGUGAACUAGUCUUCGGUGUAGCGCAUAUAUUUGCUUCCUUCAACGAUACUUUUGUUCAUGUCACUGAUUUAUCUGGCCGUGAAACUAUCGUUCGUGUUACUGGUGGCAUGAAGGUAAAAGCCGAUCGUGAUGAAUCGUCACCCUACGCCGCUAUGUUGGCUGCUCAAGAUGUUGCAGCUAAAUGUAAAGAAUUAGGUAUCAAUGCUUUACAUAUUAAACUCCGUGCCACUGGUGGUAAUGGUACAAAAACACCUGGUCCUGGUGCUCAAUCUGCUUUAAGAGCUUUAGCCAGAGCUGGUAUGAGGAUUGGUAGGAUUGAGGAUGUUACACCUAUUCCCACUGAUAGUACUCGUAGAAAGGGUGGUCGUAGAGGUAGACGUCUGUAA